UUCUCGCUCUCGCGAUACUUCCGGGAACACGGGAGCCCGGGCGACCCGGGCUUCUGUGAAACAUGGCGGUCGGCUGGGACCGUAGCACAAGCAUGACUGUAUGAAAGAAGAAGGAGGCGUUCCUGAAGAUGAGGCGACUGAAUCGGAAAAAAACCUUAAGUUUGGUCAAAGAGUUGGACGCCUUUCCCAAGGUUCCUGACAGCUAUGUAGAGACUUCGGCCAGCGGGGGUACAGUUUCUCUGAUAGCGUUUACCACUAUGGCUUUAUUAACAAUAAUGGAAUUCUCAGUGUAUCAAGAUACGUGGAUGAAGUAUGAAUAUGAAGUAGACAAGGACUUUUCUAGCAAAUUGAGAAUUAAUAUAGAUAUUACUGUGGCCAUGAAGUGUCAGUAUGUUGGAGCAGAUGUGUUAGAUUUAGCAGAAACAAUGGUUGCGUCUGCAGACGGUCUAGUUUAUGAACCAGCAAUAUUUGAUCUUUCACCACAUCAAAGAGAGUGGCAGAGGAUGCUGCAGCUGAUUCAGAGUAGGCUACAAGAAGAGCAUUCACUUCAAGAUGUGAUAUUUAAAAGUGCUUUUAAAAGUCCUUCAACAGCUCUUCCACCAAGGGAGGAAGACUCGCUGCAGCCUCCAGAUGCGUGCAGGAUUCACGGGCACCUCUACGUCAACAAAGUAGCAGGGAAUUUUCACAUAACCGUGGGCAAGGCAAUUCCACAUCCCCGAGGCCAUGCACACUUGGCAGCACUUGUCAACCAUGACUCUUACAACUUUUCUCACAGAAUAGAUCAUUUGUCUUUUGGAGAACUUGUUCCAGGAAUCAUCAAUCCUUUAGAUGGAACUGAAAAAAUUGCUAUAGAUCACAACCAGAUGUUCCAGUAUUUUAUUACAAUUGUGCCAACAAAGCUACAUACUUAUAAGAUCUCAGCAGAUACCCAUCAGUUUUCUGUGACAGAAAGGGAACGCAUCAUUAACCACGCUGCAGGCAGCCAUGGCGUCUCGGGGAUAUUUAUGAAAUACGACCUCAGCUCUCUGAUGGUGACAGUGACCGAGGAGCACAUGCCGUUCUGGCAGUUUUUUGUGAGACUUUGCGGUAUAGUUGGAGGAAUCUUUUCAACAACAGGAAUGUUACAUGGAAUUGGGAAAUUUAUAGUUGAAAUAAUUUGCUGUCGUUUCCGACUUGGAUCCUCUAAGCCCGUCACUUCUGUCCCUUUUGAGGAUGGCCACACAGACAACCACUUACCUCUUUUAGAAAACAAUACACAUUAGCACCUCCUGAGGGAAGGAGAAGAACUUUUUGCCUGAGACAUAAAACCUUUUUUAAUAAUAAAGUAUUGUGCAAUAUAUUGAAAGAAAAGAAAAUAUGAAUGAGAAGCAGAAAACACACUUAUUUAAAAAAGAAAAAAAGGAAAAAAAAACCCAAACCGAAAUCCUCUGUACGUUGUAUCUGUUACGAAUGCAGCCGAUCAGUGAGUCAGCCCAGGGAGUCCUGCUUUGAAGAUGGCUCCGGCUCCCUUCACAGCGUGCGGGCAGCACUGCAAUCAGACCUGACUUCCCGAUGACAAAAAGCCCAAGGAAAGAAGGGAAACCACACCUACAGAAAGACGGCACUGCCAAGUGCAAAUGUUUGCGUCCUCUUGUUUUUAAAAGAUACGAUGUCAGAAUAAAGUAUGUAAAACAUAUGGAAAACUAGUCUAGACUUUAAAAAUUGUAAUCAGGUCACGUUGUUAAUAAAGAAAAACAGGGACUAGUCUCUGUAAAUUAGCCAUAUUCGUGUUAAGCCAUAUGGACAAGACCAUUUAUCCACUCAUUUGGUCCGAUGAAGCUAAUUGCUUUCCUUUGCACUGUGGUUGUUGAUUUUUCUCUAAGUGUUCAGCAUAGUGUCUUGGAAGACAACGGUGAAUUCUCUGGGCAGGUGUGAAGGUGCUGUGAGAUGUGACAGAGGUGUCAUUCACAAAUUGUAUGCUGGAGACUUCUACAGGAGAAGAAAGCACAUUUAGAAAAAGUGUUAAGUUUCCACGUCUGAUCCUUUGCAUCUUGCUGUACUUCAGAGGGCACAGGGUGAAUAAAAAGAUCCAAUGCUGAUGGUGAAAUGAUCAGCUUGUACAGUAUUAAAAGGAAAAGUAGACUACUUUUUACAUGUGAUGAGUAGGGAACAAGCUAACUGUAAACUUUUAUAUAAAACAGAAGUCAAGGCAGAUUUUAAGUACUACAAGAUCACGUCCCAUCUGAGAGGUGCCAUAUUAAAACAAUGUCUGCUAAUCUGUAAAACUGGAUUAUGAAAAAAGUUUUUGCAUUCAGGGUAUCCUGAAUGUAACUAACUCUGUAUUAGAUUGUGUGGUUCUAACUUCCUUCCUAAUUUAUGAGUUAGUUUGAAGUUUCUAGAGUAUAAAAGAUUAAAAAUAAUGAGAGGGUGCUAUCUUGCAGGUGCCAUUAAAAACUGUAUUUGAAAUAUGUGUGCCAACCUAAGUUUUCCUUUUAUAAUCACUAUCUGAUAAUAGAAAAAUUAUCAACUAGUACCCAAAGUUUAAAUCAUUUAAAGACUUGACUUGAAUGAUGGUUUUAAAGAAUAGCAUGUCACAAGAUAGUUUUUCAAAUGAAUUUUUUGAAGAUAAAAUAAUGCUCUCUUCAAAACAGUAGAAAUAAUGGAGAGAGAGUAAAAGUGACAGAAUUACUUUGCAGUACAGUAUGUUUAGAAUGGUGCCUUUCAUAAAAUAACAAAGGCAUCAUUGUAUAAAACAGAGUAUGAAGAGCCACCAGCUUCACAGAUGGGUGACACAGCUUGCUUUGAAAGACUUAAAUCCAGAAAAUCUGAAAUGAGUUAUCCACCUCUGGACUUUGUAUUUGUUUUCUUUAGAUACUAUUUGCAACAACGUUGAGUUAGGAACCAACAGAGCAUCUGUCAAAGGGAAAUGCAGUUGGAAGGAGCUGGAAUUGCAGCUGUUUCAGACUGAGUGUCGGUCUCCGGAGUCUGCUUGUUAGGAAAUCCAGUCUUGUUUCAGAGUUUUAUUUUUGAUAGGAAAAUAUUGAUCUGGGAUUACUUUUUUAAACUUAGGAUUGUAACAGUUAAGUAUGUUUAAAACUUUUAUACUUACAUUUGAUUUUUAAUUGCUUCUAUCUUCUCCAAAUAUCCUAUUAAAAAUUUUAAUGAAAUAAAUCCAUUCCAUUGAGAGUAACUUGGCACCGAGUUCUAGUCUGAAAGUUGAAAAGGCGCCCAUCUGAAGCUCCUCAGAUGGUCAGGGUCAGGUUUUUGGCCUCACCAAGUGUGUCUCUGAUUGCAGAGAGCACCUUACUGACCUACUAUUAUGACACUUUAUCUGUGCCUGGGCUCCCUUCUACCGUGAGUCUGUGUUGUAUUAAUCCAGUCCUCAUCUUCAUUUUAGUUGGGUACUUAGUAUUUGCUGGUAUGAAUUCUAGCCUACGUAUUUAGGCCUCAAAUUAUGUGACAUGGAUUUUUAGGAUCUAUGUUUGUGUACAUUUGUCUCUGAAGAAAAUUAAAUAUUUAGGUGACUGA